CAGGGAGUACGCACCCGAAUGGAACGUGUCUGACCCAGAUUCUACGACGCACUACAGCUUGCACGAACCGCGUCGAAUUCUUCCCACUGUACUGAUGCAGAGGAUGCGCUUGCGCGCAGUAAUCGUUGACUAGCCGCCAAAACAUGCGGCAAUCAUUGCCGAACAAAUGCAUGUCGAAAGUGCACUCUGAACGAUCGAGCCGUAGUCAAACAGACACAGACACAGACAAUCGAUUCAGAUAGUGAAGGUCGAGGUCAAAUAUUGGUGCCGUUCGUUGAAUGUAUCCGAUAUCCAUCCCUUUUAUGUACUUUCCUGAUUGCACCAAGAAACUCUCAAUUGCCACGCUGCCGUCAACUUGCAAAAAUGUUAAUGAGAUCAUUUACCUCCAAUCGGAGAAGUUAUUGUUCCUGCUGAGAGUGUUAAACAACUUCGCCGGACGAAUUCAAAAUAGAUCGGAAGGUUAACUCGGUCUAUUAGGUUAGGCUAGAACAUUUGUUGCCAAAAUUAUUCAUGGUCAUACACAGCUACAAACUUGUGAUUUUAUGUCAGCGAUUCUUCUUCCUGGGCUAAUGGCCGACAUUGAUCGAGGACGAUGUAAAUGAUGUAAACUAGAGGUGAAUCGUUGCUAGAAUGUGUAGCAGUUACGAUUUGUUUAUGGUAAGCAAUAUGGCGGAAUGUAUGAAUGGUUUUCACACAGCCGCAACACAUCCCAGUAGACCAUGAGUGAAAACAGUCAUACAAACAUGCAUUCUUCUCCUGGCUAGUAAGAAAUUGUCUAAAUUGUUUGUUAUCAUUUGGAAUCUUUACAUAAAAAUCUCCUUAUCUUGUAAAAAUUAUUGGAAAAAUUUGGUUGUGUAAGAUUAAAUUGUGCUCUAAAUUUUACACAGCAAAUACGUCCUCAGCUCACCGGAGGCAGCAAGUCCGAGCUUACGGGAUACAUCUUCGGUCGCAUGAAGUCCGAGCUGAACGAUGUACCGGCACAGACGGCCGCCGGGUCCACCCUGCCCUUGGUGGACAUGAUCAAGGAUGACGAGGAGGCGGGAACGUACAAUCCGUUCGAGAACCGGAAGCUGACCCACCCGACAACGGACAUGGAAACGCUCGUCCAUCUGCUGAAGGGUUCGCUCGGUUCGGGCAUCCUGGCGAUGCCUUUAGCCUUCGUGAACGCUGGACUGUGGUUCGGAUUGGUCGCUACCGUCGCCAUUGGAGCGAUCUGUACCUACUGUAUACACAUCCUGGUGCGCUGCUCACACAUCCUGUGCCGUCGUGCUCAGCUCCCUUCGCUUGGAUUUGCGGAUGUGGCAGAGGUUGCGUUCCUGGCAGGACCCGAGCAGCUGAAGAAGUACUCACGAUUGGCCCGGUUCAUCAUCAACCUGUUUCUGGUGAUCGAUCUCGUUGGUUGCUGCUGUAUCUACAUCGUGUUCGUGGCGACCAAUCUGAAGCAGGUGGUGGACCAUUACACCCACUCGUACUGGGAUGUGCGCAUCUACAUCCUGAUGCUGUUGGCACCGUUGAUUUUGAUCAACCUGAUCCGUAAGCUGAAGUAUCUGACGCCCUUCUCGUUCAUCGCCAACGUGCUGAUCGGUGCCGGUGUUGGCAUCACGCUGUACUACAUCGUCACCGACCUGCCGGCACUGUCGGAACGGAAGGCUAUGGCUGAAGUUCAGCAUUUGCCCAUGUUCUUCGGUACCGUCAUCUUCGCGCUGGAAGGUAUCGGUGUAGUGAUGUCACUGGAAAACAAUAUGAAGAACCCGCAGAACUUUAUCGGCUGUCCGGGCGUGCUGAACACUGGCAUGUCGGUUGUGGUGAUGCUGUACGCUACAGUAGGCUUUCUGGGAUAUUUGAAGUACGGCGAUGAAACUAAGGGCAGCAUUACGUUGAAUCUCCCCGUAGAGGAAGUGCCGGCUCAGAUGGUGAAGUUAAUGAUUGCGAUAGCCAUAUUCCUUACCUACUCGCUGCAGUUCUACGUACCCAUGGAAAUCAUCUGGAAAAACAUCAAGGGAAACUUCAACGAGCACCAGAAUGCUGCUGAGUACACGCUUCGCAUUGGCCUUGUGAUUCUUACAGUUAUAAUUGCUGCCGCACUGCCAAACUUGGGCCCGUUCAUCACGCUCAUCGGGGCCGUGUGCCUUAGCACGCUAGGAUUGAUGUUCCCGGCCGUCAUUGAGCUGGUAACGUUCUACGAAAAGCCCGGCUUUGGCCGCUUCAACUGGAUCCUGUGGAAGAACGUGUUUCUCAUUCUGUUUGGUGUGGUCGGUUUCGUCACCGGCACCUACGUCAGUAUUAUCGAGUUCUCGGAGCAUCUGGAGGAAGUAUAAGGUGACCGGCAGCUGCCAGCACCUUUAGUCCCUUCGUCGAACUCCUCAGGCGUGGCGGGAUAUUGUAGUGCAGUGCAACACACGUGCUCUCUCGACUCGAUGCCACCAACUACUGCACACACUACAGGGUGGGGCAUGGCGAGUUUGGAGAGACAUGGUGAGGCGCUGACUGCAGACGUCUUGAGCCCGAGUUUCCGCACUGAAAGUGCACCAUCGGCGUGUGAUCGCGAUGCAUUAGAAGCCGUCGAUCCGUGGCAGCAUGGGUGGCAGCCGAACUGCCGACCGCUCUCUGGUGUGCUUUACCGUCUUCAUCAAUUGUAGGAUCUCGUUGAAUCAAUGACGUCGUCGUUUACUCACGCUAGUAGGUCCUGCGCUGCGUACGCGUGCGUUGCCUUGUGUUAAGAGUUGAUUUUUCUAUGUGUUUAAUAUGAGCGUCCCUGCAUCAUGCCAAGUUCCUUGCAAUUGUCCAGUUUAGUGUCCUUACUUUUUUCCCUACACAUCCUACACGAAUCCCUACAACAUCUAUCCCAAGUGUCCCCCUUGUUGAGUGUGUAAACUCGGUCCGAAUUUGAUUCGGGAACCAUGUCUGCGACAGAGAAUGAAGUAGGGAAAUUAAUCAAGCUGAUGUUACGUUGUUGGGUGUGACACGUGCUGAGUCGAAUAAAAACAUGCCCCAAUCGUAGGUUCAAUCGUUAGGCCAAUUAGCAACAACACCACAAAAUUACCCGUAGCCACGUCAUACGUGGGAAGAAAUUAUUCGUUCCAGUCAGUAUAUGACUAUGGGCAGACAUCGUUUAUGUAGAAUUCCUUCAUUAGAGCUGUUUUUAUGAUAAUGUACACACAAACACACAGAACGAAGAGGAGUCAUACCUGUGGCAGACGAAUCUUCAGCUUUCUAGUGUAAUGUGGCUAGUGUUACACGCACAGGAACUUGUGAUGUUGAGUUAUCGAUUAGACUGUAAGCAAAUGCAUUCCGGCUCAGUUCUGAACUGGUCGGAAGCGUAUAUUUAUCUACUGUUUUAAUCCUACACACCCUAAGGGCGUAUCGCGCGUGAGGGAAUGUUCCUAGUGGACUAGAUGCUCGAAAUGAACGGAUUGCCAUUAUAAUCCUAGUGCAGUAGCAUGCUACCAAUAACUACCGAUGCUGUUACAGAUGUAGCUCAUUGAAUGGAAUGCUUAAGGUCCAUCUUUUGUUUUAACUUUAUCUUCUUCAUCCACCUGACAAAACAUUUGAAAGAUUGUUGAGAGAGAAAUUUUUACAAUUCUCCUUUUUGUCAUACCCAUGUUCUAUCCUUCCAAAUGUCUGCACAAAACUGUCUUCCAUUGAAAAUGGUAUCACGUGUAUCAAAAAGAAUAUAUCAAACAGCCGAACAACCAUACCACCACUUAAGACAUACAUCAGGAGGUCGUAUACAUAGUAGAGUGCGUUGAAGCGGUAGUUUUUGCACAUGACUACGUAGCGUAAUAUAAAGUAAAGAAUAGAGCUCUAGACGUAUUAGUAGAUCGUUGUAAGUACCCCGGGCCUCGUGCUUCGUUUAUAUUUUCAGAAUAAUUAUCUCAAUAAAUACAUUUAUCAACUUUUACAGUUUGAUUGACAUGAA